CGCUUUGUGCUCCCAUCCCCAUGCACGCACGCGCAGCAAAGAAAAAUGGCAAAUCUCCGACUCCAUCGGCCAUUGACGUCCUCUCCCUCCUUUCCUCCUCUUUGUCCUUGACCCCGUCUUCAGUUUAUCUGCGUCACCCUCUCGACCGUUCCCCUCCUUUGCUCGACCCGUUCCCCGGCCGCCUCUCAUCCCGGCCGACGUCUCAGGGUCAAUCAAAAAUAAAGGCAACGGCCGGCCGCCGGUGAUUGAGCAUCGACGGCGACCAGGCUAGCUAGGGUGGGUCGGCAGCAGCCAUGGGCGGGGGAGGAGGGGGCGGCAACACGAGGGAGCUCGACCAGACACCGACAUGGGCCGUCGCCUCCGUCUGUGGCGUCAUCGUCCUCAUCUCCAUCCUCCUCGAGAAGGGCCUCCACAAAGUCGGAGAGUUCUUCGCUCACAGGAAGAAGAAGGCCAUGGUCGAAGCCCUUGAGAAGGUCAAGACAGAGCUGAUGGUGCUGGGGUUCAUUUCGUUGCUGCUGGUGUUCGGGCAGAACUACAUCAUCAAGAUCUGCAUCUCGGAGGCGGCCGCCGACACCAUGCUCCCCUGCCGUCUCAAGAAGUCCACCAUUGAAGCCGAGACCAAAGCGGACCACGGGGUCAACGCCGGCGUCGCCGAGGGUGGUGCGCACGCAACGGCGGAGCACCUCAGCCUCGGCGGCCAUCCCUUCACCGCUGCCGCCUCCUUCAGCGUCCCCCACAGGAUGCUCUCCGGCGGCGAGGCCAAUAUGAAAACCAAAUGCCCUCCGGGAAAGGUGUCGCUCAUCUCCAUCAACGCGCUGCACCAGCUGCACAUCUUCAUCUUCUUCCUGGCCGUGUUCCAUGUCAGCUACAGUGCCAUCACCAUGGCACUCGGCAGGGCCAAGAUACGAGCAUGGAAGGAGUGGGAGAAAGAGGCGGCGGGAAAAGAUUUCGAGUUCUCCAACGAUCCGACGAAAUUCAGGUUUACCCACGAGACAUCGUUCGUCAGGCAGCACAUGAACGUCCUGAACAAGACCCCGGCCUCGUUUUACAUCAGCAACUUCUUCAGGCAGUUCUUCAGGUCUGUCCGGAGGGCCGACUACUGCGCGCUGCGCCACAGUUUCGUCAAUGUUCAUUUGGCUCCCGGCAGCAAGUUUGAUUUCCAGAAGUACAUCAAGCGGUCUCUUGAGGACGAUUUCAAAGUCAUCGUCGGGAUCAGCCCUACUCUUUGGGCUUCUGCGCUCAUCUUCCUGCUCAUCAACAUCAACGGACUGCACACCAUGCUCUGGAUCUCCAUAAUGCCCCUUAUUAUCAUCCUGUCAGUGGGCACGAAGCUGCAGGGGAUCAUCUGCCGCAUGGCGAUCGACAUCACGGAGCGGCACGCGGUGAUCCAGGGGAUCCCGCUGGUGCAGGUCAGCGACAGCUACUUCUGGUUCAGCCGACCCACCUUCGUCCUCUUCCUCAUCCACUUCACGCUCUUCCAGAACGGAUUCCAGAUCAUCUACUUCGUCUGGAUCUUGUAUGAGUACGGGAUGGACUCUUGCUUCAACGAUUCAAAGCAGUUCGUCUUCAUGCGUCUCUGCCUCGGGGCGGUGGUGCAGGUGCUGUGCAGCUACGUGACGCUACCGCUGUACGCGCUGGUGUCGCAGAUGGGAUCCACGAUGAAGCAGUCCAUCUUCGACGACCAGACCUCCAAGGCGCUCAAGAACUGGCGCGCCGGCGUCAAGAAGAAACCGGCGGACAAAUCAAAGCACGGCGGGUCGCCCUCGGGGAGCCCGCAAGCCGGAAGUCCCAGGGGCGAAGACAGCAGCGGCAUCGCGCUCACGGAGAGGAAGGACGGCGACACGGGGCAGGAGGCCGGCGCCGCCAAGAAAGGGGAGGAUGGUGAGUACGAAUCCGUCAAGCUCGAGCCGUGAUCAUCCAGCAGAGCAGAGUGACCCCACAUGAUUCAUUGGGGUGAUUAUGUAUAGAUCCAUCGAUCGACUGCUUAAUUCUUUUGUACAAGUACGUUAGCAGCAACAGUUCGCAACACGUAUAUGCACGUGUGUAUGUAUAUUUAUGCAUAGGUUACGUAGGACAUGCUGGAUGGGAGGAGUUUAAGUCUUUUUCUUGUUAUACUUCUGCAGUUUGAGUGGUGGUUGUAUUCAUGUCGACCAAUGUAUUGUUAAUUUGUAUUUAAGGUGUAAUUGCAGUUCAACAGAUAUGAAUGACAGUCUCAACAAUUGGGCUCAUGUGGGCUUCUUUUGUUUA